AAAUGUCUCAUGUUCUAUUUAACAUUACGUGUGAACUGAAAAUAUAUAUAUAUUAUUAGUUUAGUUUUUUUUUUUAAUCCGGAAGCGCCGUCGCGACGUCGCCUUCCACAUCCGGGUCACGUCUUCCUCAUGCUGCAGCAAGCAUGGCAGCGAAAAACAAGCACCGUAAAAAAUCCAAAGCGACCAAAAAAGUGACGUUUCAGCCCGAAGAAAGCGACAUGGAGGCUGAAAACAGCGGCAGGGAGGAAGACGAGGAUGGGGCAGCUGCUGGAGGUGAAGACACAGCGGAGAAAGAUGAAGAGUUCAACCUGGAGGAAGUUUUACGGCUGGGAGGAACACAGGCUGACUAUGUCAUGCUAGCCGCUCUGGACGACUCCAGUGAGAUCGUGGACGGAGGGAAAAAAGGAGCGAUAGACGACCUGGAGGAGGGCGAGCUGGAGAAAUUCAUCACCAAACUUGGCAUCCGGUCGUUCAGUGGAGUGCAGAUCAUCGCAGACGAGCCUGAGGACGCUGCCGAAAAGGAAAGUAAAAAAGCCAAAGCCAAGACAUCUUCAACAGAGGAACAAGCUUCCAACUCUCAGCAGAAAAUCAAACAGGAAGUGGAGGACAAACAGAAGGCAAAGAAGACAAAAGAUGCUCAGGCCAACGCUGUGAAAAAGGCAAAACAGAAUGUGAAUGUGUUUGAGUUCCAGCAGCGACAGGUGCUGCUGAUCAAACCUGGAGGGAAGUGGUACGACCUGGAAUACUCUGCCGAGGGCUCGACGUCCCCGCAGGAUCCCUCGCUGGUGUCCCAGUACAAGACGCUCGCCCAGCGACUGUUCGAGGCCGAUGUGGCGCUCUACAAGAGCAAGAAGAACCUGCAGAAAGGGGCCAACUCCAACUGGAUGAAGACCGUCGUUUCCUCCGGCGUGCUGGCUGACAGGAUGGCGGCUAUGACGGUUCUGAUCCAGGACGCUCCUGUUCACACGCUGGAGCACAUGGAGAACCUGGUGUCCAUGGUGAAGAAGAAGGGCAGCCGGCGGAUGGGUCUGAUGGCUCUGGACACCCUGCGAGAGCUGCUGCUGUCUGACCUGCUGCCGGAGAACAGAAAGCUCCGCCCCUUCACCCAGCACCCGUUCGACGAGCUGGAGGAGAGGGCCAGCGGCAACCGAGAUGCCCGCGACCGCCGCCUCAUCCUCUGGUACUUUGAGCACCAGCUGAAGCACCACGUGGCCGAGUUCGUGGAGGCUCUGGACACGAUGGCCCAUGACACGGUGGCGGCCACCAAGGCGAAGGCGCUGGCCACCGCCCACGAGAUGCUGUGCAGCCGGCCGGAGCAGGAGAGGGCGCUGCUCAUCCAGGUGGUCAACAAGCUGGGAGACCCCGAGUACAAGACGGCGGCCAAGGCGUCGUACCUGCUGGAGACGCUGCUGCACAAACACCCCAACAUGAAGGUGGUGGUGUGCUGCGAGGUGGAGCGGCUCAUGUUCCGCCCCAACGUCAGCCCGAAGGCGCAGUAUUACUCCGUCUGCUUCCUCAGCCAGGUGAAGCUGAGCCACGACGAGGCCGAGCUCGCCUCCAAACUCCUCACCAUCUACUUCACAUUCUUUCGCGCCUGUGUCAAGAGGAAGGACAUUGAAUCGAAGAUGCUGAGCGUGCUGCUGUCGGGCGUGAACAGGGCGUAUCCCUACGCCAGCACCGGAGAUGAGAAGGUGAAAGAGGAGCUGGACACGCUGUUCAAAGUAGUUCACCUGGUGAAGUUCAACACAGCUGUGCAGGCGCUCAUGCUGCUGUUCCAGGUGAUGGACUCACAGCAGACCAUCUCCGACCGAUACUACGUGGCUCUGUACAGGAAGCUGCUGGACCCCAGGCUGUCGUCGUCCUGCAGACAGAGCAUGUUCCUCAACCUGCUGUACAAAUCUCUGAAGGCCGACAUCGUGCUGCGGCGGGUCAAAGCCUUCGUGAAGCGGCUGCUGCACGUCAGCGCCGAGCAGAGCGCCAGCUUCGCCUGCGGAGCGCUUUUCCUCCUGUCUGAGGUGAUGAAGGCCAAACCCGGCCUCAAGAUGCUGCUGCAGGAGGGCGGGGACGGGGAAGAGGAAGACUUCAAAGACCUCGCUGAGGAGAAUGAGGAUGAUGAUGAUGAAGAGGAGCGCUUUGUGGACGCAGACAAACUGGAGGAAGCAGCGGAGUCACAGAGUGCAGUGACAGAGGAGGCAAAGCCCACUGCAUCAUGGGUACAUCACAAGAACCUGGAAGGGGGGAAGAGCAUGCAGAGCUACGACCCGCUGCACAGAAACCCGUUAUUCUGCGGUGCCGACCACACGACUUUAUGGGAGCUACAGAUGCUCGCUGUGCACUUCCAUCCGUCAGUGUCGCUGUUUGCAAAAACCAUCCUGCAGGGAGGGUCCAUCCAGUACUCAGGUGACCCUCUGCAGGACUUCACCCUCAUCAGAUUUUUGGACCGAUUCGUCUUCAGAAACCCCAAACAGCUGACGGGAAAACAAAACACAGUUGCUGCAGCAAUGAAGAAGUUACCUGUCAACGUUUUACCAGUGAACAGUGAGGAGUUUCUGUCUAAAGAAGAAAGUCAGGUCCCCGUGGAUGAAAUCUUCUUCCAUCGUUUCUUCAAGAAACGGCAGCAGGAGAAGCAGCUCAAGUGGCCACGACCAGACGGCGACAACGAGAGCGUCGAGGACGUGGAUGAUGACGAGUUUGAGAAAUUACUGGAUUCCUGUGAAGGAGACUCGUACUUCACUGAGAUGGCAGAUGAUAAUCUGGACUUUGCAGGUUCUGUAAAGGACAAAAAAAGAAAGAAAGCUGCAGAGGACUCGGAGUCGGACAUGGAUGACUCAGACAUGGGUGACCUGGAUGACGAGGAGGUGUCUCUGGGCAGUAUGGAUGAGGAAGACUUUGGAGACGAGCUGGAGGAUGAUGGAGGGAUGUUCAUGGAUCCAGAUGGAGGCGAUGAUGAUGAGGAUGAUGAUGAAGUUCCAGAGCUAGAGGAGGACAACGACGAAGAUGGCUCAGAUGAUGGGAUGGACGCUCCAGACAUAACUCCUCAUACCAAGAAAGGAAAGAAACGGAAAUCCUCAGAGGAGCUCGACUUCUCUGGAUUUACAGGAUCCAAACAGGGGAAGAAGAGAGGAAAGAAAGAUGUGGCCAUGUUUGCUUCAGCUGAAGAGUUUGGCUCCCUGCUGGAUGAAAACGCCGGCUCCAAGUUUGAUAACCUGGGACUGAACGCCAUGGCCAACAAGGACAAAGCAGGUCUGAAGCAGCUGAAGUGGGAGGCCCAGCGUGACGACUGGAUGCAAGACCGCGAUGUCAAGACGCUACGCAAGAAGAAGACAAUGUUCAAGAAGAAGAUGUUCGGCCGAGCGAGGGCGGGAGGAGGAGGGAAGACCUUCAGGAGUAAGAAGAGGAAGAAGUAGACCAUCGGUAAACUUCAACUGACUGACAGCUUCAGUCCUGUUUGGCCGACCAGGCUUGGUGGUCCCCCUCUCGGAUGCCGUAGACCCCCGCCCACUCGUUGGACUGGUAGUAAACUGGGAGGAAACACAGCAGGAACUGGUUUACAGAUCAAGUCAGCUGAUGGAAGAGACACAAACUGUUUCUGUGGUUAACGGGACAAAAUACGAUCUGAAGAGGAGCCGGAUUUAGUUUUUUUCUAAAAUGAAAGACAUUUCAUGGUUUCAUGUUUCUGUCAGUACAAUUUAAUAACAUACUAGAUUUUUCUUUUUCUAUUUUGACUCUGUACAGAGUUCAUAUUCAUAUUGCAACUGUGUUAUAUGAAAAACAGUAAUUAAAGUUAUUGAUAUUUUCUGAUGCAGCUUGUUUAAUUAUGUAGACUGCAGACAGACAGUUCUGAUUAAUUAAACACGUUCAACGUUU